UAGUCAGCUGUGUCUCGGCAUCUCGGGACGGUUUGCUGCAGGCGCAAGCAUGGCGUGAAACAACAUAAACCAUGCUCUCGUUACGCGCCGCCGCCUACUGCUUUGCUUUGGUUAGGCGCGCUCGGGUGCGGGCGCGGGCAAACUCUCGUGCUUCCUAAUCGGAAGCCCUCCGAUAGGGAGGGAUCGUCGAAUCUGCAUCAGAUUUUCCAACGGUCAUUGCUGCGCUCGGUCCGAUGCAAGUGCACUUUUCUUAGGUUUGCAGUCAGUUUGAAUGUGAACAGUGAUCGGAAAGGAAGGAACCCUCAGGUUCUGGAUCUCGAGUCGGUCCGAAAGCCGGUUUAGCCACGUGCCAAUGCGUACCUAGAUGGGUUCCGGUGGAUGUGUCGCGCACCGCGCGGUGUGACCAUAUCUAGCCACACACUACGACGACACCGUAAGCUGUGACGACGACGUAGGUGCAUCGUGUGUUAUUAACUUAGUGAAGAGAUUCGGAUCGCAUCACACACAUUAGUGGGCCAUGUAAUACACCUAGAGGUGCAGUGAACGUAAGCGCAGCGCAAUCGGUCGUCGGUCGCCGGUUUCGUCGUCAUCGGGUUUAUACUCCAGCUGAGCGUGUUUGCUCACAGAAACUCUCGCGCGGCAUGCGACUCGAAGUAAAGUCGCGAUUUUUUCUAUUAUUUUCUUUGCUUUCCGCUUAGUUUUCAGCUGGAGCUCCACUUAUUAGCUGUUUUCAAGUUCAAUCGGAUAGAAGCGCGGCGCGGUGUUAUUCCUGACUUACCAACGAAUCAACAACGGCUGCAAGUGUUUUCGGAUAUCGGUCGAUUCGAUAGUGCUCGUCGUCGAAUUCGGUUAGAGUGGAUUUUGUCAUUUUGAUCGUAAUAGUGAUCGAAAAUAACCGCGGUGCCGCAAGAGAGAACGAUCGUGCGAUUAAGAACGUUUUCCUCGCUCUCCCUAUUUCUGCGCUAUCGGCUCCUCUCGAUUCUCCUUCUCGAUUCCGUGCGCAUUCCGGCUUAAUUCGUCGUUGUUCUUUAGUGUUUUCGGUUGCGUGGACAAACGUACUGUUUGUUUACAACUGGUUUAUUGGAGUGAGAUUCUACGACUGAACAACAUCACCGUACCGUGUAGCUAGAAUUGUUUAUGCCAACAAAGUCAGCUUUUGUGUGCACCGAAGUGUGUUAUCAAAUUUAUCGAAUUAGUGAUAAAAAAUUGAAAGCAGAAAAAUAAAUUCCAAACGAAUCGCGGUGCAAUAGUGCAUAUAGUGAGGGGAUCCCCGACGAAGUUACGAAAGCAAGUUACGUGUGCUGCAAAAAUAUCAAUCUUCGAUAAUUAAAAGCAAGCAAAGCUAACACAAAAAAUAAAAAUCGAGGAAGCAGAAAUCACAAAAUUGAAUGGAAGUUAGUGUGUGCAGUGCAGAAUUUAAAGCAGUUUUUCUAUGAAUCGUCGAUUGUGAAGUGAAGUGAUACACCUUUGCACAGCUGAGAGAGUGGUACUGGCAGUCCGUGAAGGCAAUAUAAUUAAUUAAACUUCAGUUUGAAGAGCUCUGCCUUUUCCCCCCUCUGGUUCCGAUUCCGGUUUUGUUGCGUUGUUCUGCGAAAUCGAAGAGUUUUGCGGACGUACUGUCUCGUCCAUCCCCGUCCUUCCUACCGAUUAUUAGAGUUAUUGGAUUUUGCUUUCGGGCCUGGGACGGCAGACGAGGUGUGCCGCUUGACGAUUGCCUCUGACAGAGUCACAGUAACGGCGCGGCGUCAUCAUCCACCACCCGCAGAGCACAGCCAUCGACAAAUCGGAUCAGUGGAUUGGAAUGUCAUUGAAGAAAGAAACCCUAUCAGAUGUACAGCUGCACUUGGCUGCAUUACGCGGAGACGAAAUGUUGCUGAAACGUGUGUUGGAUAGCGGCAAAGUGCACGUGGACUGCCGAGACGAG